AUGUCAGAAAUAGUUGGCUCCGCUUGGAAAAUCAUUCCCCAGUUCCAAUCGCGCUCGAUAAAAGCGACGGUCAAAUUCUACAACGAGGAGCUGAGUUUCAUAACGGGAGGUCUACAUCCAGACGACGACGCACCCACAUUCUGCUCCAUCUUCAUCGGAAAGAAAGCAGCUGCCAAUAUUUAUUUCCAUAAGUGCUCACCCGAGGAAUUUCACCCAUCAAAGGCAAUGAUUUCACUCGGAACCAAAGAGCUAGAUGAGUUCCACGAUCACCUGCGAUCACGCGCGAAGGUCGAGUUCGCCCAACCGAUCAAGGACGAGGCUUGGGGGUAUCGGCAGUUUACCAUUAAGGAUAUCGAUGGGAAUGAGUUGACUUUCUUCAAGUUCCUGGAGGGUGGGAACCCAGGAGCAGAUUGA